GCUAUACCCCAAACACCAGCAAAUUUUUCUUCUCCUAAAGGUAGUCUCAAAAGCAACAAAAUAUGAAGUUCUUGCAAGCAUCGCUCUUCAUCACACAGGCGAUUGCAUUCAGUUUGGAUACCAGAAGUCCUGCCCUCAUCAGCCGACAAGCUGCUACAGAUAUCGCAAGCAGCAUUGCAACGAUUCAGGCUGCGACACAGUCUCUCAAUACCGCAGUUUCGUUCGGUGACCUUCUGGCGCUCACAUCUGCAAAUUCCGCCGUCGUCAACGCUAUCAAGGCCGCUACAUCGGAAGCCAAUGGUCUUUCCACACCACUCAAGUUCGACGAUGCUACCACUCUCUCCACUCCGAUCAAAGACCUCGGAAAGGUCUUUGAUAGCACCAUUACGAAACUCAUUGGCAAGUCCAGCUCCAUGAUCGAUGCACGUCAGACAAUUCUUUCUGGUCUCGAGUCCCAAUUGUCUGCGUCCGCGGCAUUCUCUACCGCGCUUUCACGCAAAGUCCCAGAUCAUCUCCAGAGUACUGCGAUGAGCCUUGCGCAGCCCAUUGCUGACAGUCUGGCUCGUGGUAUCGCCGAGUACUCCAAACGCUCCAUUGGUGGCAGAUUGGAGAUUCGGAAAGCUGCUCCCGCCGGAGCGAUUGUGACACAAAUCGCAGACGGGCAAAUUCAAGCGCCAAAAGGCAGCGUGCUGCCAACUGUGUCGGCCAGCAUAAUGACCGCCAGCAUCAUUCCAGCCAGCAUAAUUCCAGCCAGCGUGCUGCCAGUCACCGCCAGCGUCCUACCAAUCAGCCCCAGCACAAUCUCCUCAACCAUCCCAACAAAAGCAAGCAGCGCCAUAAGCAGCGCCAUCAGCACCGCCAUCUCAAAGAGCAGCAUCUCCAACAUUCCAGCCGCCUACGUGAUGCCAACCCUAUCCACCAUCACGGGUAUACCAUCUUACAGCUUACCAGGUUGCACCACACCGACCAACCGCCGCAUCUAAAGCCCGCUGUUGAGGUGGAAAUGGAAGGGAAGCCUUCUUUUUUUCUUUUUGUUGGGUAGGUAUUCACUGGGUGUUGUCGGUGGCGUGGAUGCAAGUGAUUUUUUUUUCGCUAAGCUUCAAUGGAAAUAAGAUCAAGGUCUUGGGAAUGUGGCAACGUGAAGUGAAGGAAGUCGAUGGUGAAUGCCGUGUGUAUGUGUAUGAUCCCCUAGAAUAGAUUAGAUAACGAUUAGAUAACGAUUACUGCGAAUACUUA